GUUGUAACAAUUUCCUUUGCAGUUUCCUUCACUGCUAUUUGAGUUCGCAACAGGUUACUCUUUAUCAAUAUAAAAGUUGACUCAAACAAGUAAUUUUUAAAGCUUUGCAAUUAUAUUGAAGGUUUUUGGCGCGCAGCCUAGAAACGCUUUUGUUUAUGUUGUUGUAGUUGUAUUGUUCCACUUUGUUUCGGACUGUUUCCAAGAAAUGGGGAGCAAUAACAACCCGGAAUUUAGUCUAACAGCAGAGGAAUAUCUUGAAAAACAUCAUAUUGCAGUGUAUUUUGAGGAUGCAAUCACACAGCUAUUAGAAUAUAGUGAAGAAAACAUCAAAGUCAAUCCUGCAAAAUUCUUUCAUGAUUACUUCACCAGUGUCAAAAGAGGAGAGCAUACCCUACUGAGAGACUAUAGUUUUAUCAUUUCAACACCACAUAACAGAUCAUCCUUCAUCCGGAGCUUCUGGAAAUGUUUUCGACCUAUUGGUAAUAAUGGAGGACUGCUAAAUGUAAAAGAGUAUCAUUCUCUUGUUUGUUUGAUGUGUCCUGACUUUCCUUUUGAUGUCCUUCAGAAGACUGCACGAAUUAUCCUCAUGGAUGAUGCGAUGGAUUGCUUGAUGUCAUUUUCAGAUUUUCUCUAUGGAUUUCAGCUACAAUUUUUCUUCGAAACAUUCUUGGAUAAAUGUUCAGAGAUAUACCAAGAGGUUCUGAAGGAUACAGGGAGGCAGCUUUCAAAUGCUGACGGAAAACCUGCCAAUAAUAUCGAUGGUAUCAACAGUAAACAAUACAUGAACAGAAUAUCAGGCACUAUAUACAGGAAGCAGUUGGACUCGAUUUUCAGCUGUCCUCCUGAAGCAGCCAUUCAAGAAAUGCUUCAUUCAGUAAACCGUGUUUCGUUCUAUGGAUUUCUCAUGGCCUUGACAAAGAAUUCGGCCGUUAAUGCCUGCAUUGGUAUCCUGCCGGAUAAGAAUCAGUUCAUGGAUCUUAUUGAGAAAGAUUCAACUUCAAGGGCUUCGCCGAGACCACUCAGUGCUAAACCACCAAGGCCGCCAUCACGUACAAAAACUACAAAAUGACAUUUUCAAGUGUAGUUAUUAAUGUAAAUUGCUAUGAAUUAUUUGUAAUUUUAUUUAUUGAAAUAAAUAGUUAAAAACCGUUCUUUGUUUGUGGUAUUUACUAAAAUAAGAUUCUUUCUGUGUGAAGAAAAACAGUGAAAGGCAUAUCGCUUUCAUACAGCAUCCAUAAAAAAGAUCCUCUAAACAUUAAACAGCAUCCACCAGAGCAACAGAAAGAUGUGCCCACCAGGUUCGCCAGAUUUAAACAAGCUCCAGUUGAGCGUACAGAAGAUAAGAUUCCUCAGGUCUACCUAACCUGUUUUAGCAUUAGUGUGAAGUUUAAGUGCGAGUUUUAUGUAGACAACCCAUUUAGUUUUCCCGAUCAAAAGUCUACUUUUUAUAAAAGCCAGGUAAUUUCUACCGAAGCUCGGUGUUCCUAUUUCUUGGACAAUUUGAUGUUCGAAAUUUUGCACUGCUGUUUUUUAUGCUCGAAUGUUUCAAUUUUUCAAAGUGAUUCUUCUUCAAUUACAAAUCAUAAAUUGUUUUCAAGACCAGUAAAUAACAACAGUUUUGCAUUUAGAAACAGUAAAUAACAAAAUAACAACGAUUUGGAUUAUAUUUAUGUAAAUUUAAAAGAGAUGCUUUUUAUCUUGCAGUCUUUUACUUGA